CCAAAACACUCCCGGUCUGCAUGCGGACCAGCCACGGAUGACCACAGUUAUAGCCACCGACUUGAACAACCCUCUGUCGCAUUACCGCAGCGCGGGUAAACGAGGGGGGGGAGGGACGUGCAGCAGUUCUCUUAUCACAACUCCGCUAUAAAAAACAACAACAACAACAACAACCACAAACGUCAAUCGAGACUCACUCGCUCGCUCGCAGAAUGCGCGAAAGCGCCGUUGUCGACUGUCACAAACCGCAGCAGCAGCAGCAGCAACAGCAACAGCCGAUAUGCGGGACACCGCUGUAGGCUGGCUCACUCCUCCCGCCUCGUGUUGAGGCUCGGAGCAAGUCGGUGGCGAAGCGGAGCGGAGAGAGCCCCAAACACCGAGAGCGCCCGGUGACGCAGGCGAAGCCAGGCCAGGCCAGGCCAGCCAGCAUCGACCGUCACCUCGACAGCAGUUCGCGGCGGCGUCGUGACAAGUCGUGGCUCGAACCGGUCGGAUUGCCGUCAGCUCGCCGCGGGCUGUCUCCUGCGAGGAUGUACACCUUCGUGCCCUAUUACCUGCACGGCUUCGGGGUGUGGGGCGUAAAUUACUGCCCGGCGGAGGGCGCCGAUUGUGCACGGGCAGCGAAGCACGGGUGCGGCGGUGCUGGCGGUGCUGGCGGUGGUGUCGGGGUGGUUCCGUUGCCGGCUCGCCUGCCGAGACCCUCGGCUGUGCUGGCUCCGGCGGCCGCGGGCGCUGCCCCGGGUGGCCCCUGGCAGGCACCCGCAUGUAGCAAGGAGCUCAAGUUCGGGAUUGAGCGAAUUUUAUCCGGAGACAUCCACUCGCGGCCCGCCGACGGGUGCCUGAGGUUCCAAGAUGGAUGCAGCGCCCCGGGCAAACGCGUGUGCCCGAGCAUGUUCCCCGGGCCGGGCCCAGCGGGCUGCCCCGUGCGCCUGCUGCCCGGAGUGGGGCCACGGGCAAGGGGUCUCCCGGACCCCCACUACGUGCUGCCCACCCAACACCCGGCCGCCUCCCUCGGGCUGCCCUACCACGACGGCUUCCCCGGUCCGUACGCGGCGCUGUGCCGCGGGGACGUGGGCGGGCCGUGCCUGCAGGGCGCCGCGUUCAAGCGCAAGCGCGCCUGGUCCCGGGCCGUCUUCUCAAGCCUGCAGCGCAAGGGACUCGAAAAGCGCUUCCAGGUGCAGAAGUACGUGACCAAGCCCGACCGCCGGCAGCUCGCGGCCAUGCUGGGGCUCACGGACGCGCAGGUCAAGGUGUGGUUCCAGAACCGGCGCAUGAAGUGGCGGCACUCCAAGGAGGCCGAGGCGCAGAAGGACAAGGAGAAGGAGAAGGAAGGCCCCGCCGAGAGUACGCAGGUGGCCGCCUCCGUCGAGGCGCCGUCCGCCGGGGCCACGGCCCACGGGGUCGGACGCGGCGAUCGCGAAGACGGCGGCGAUGACGGCAACAACAAGGACGGCGACAGCGACCUGAAAGAAGACACGGCCGACAGCGACAAUGACUGCGAUGGCCGAGAUGACGGUGACAGCGAGGGCCUGAACUCGGAUGACCACGAGCACGAGAGCAGUAGUAGCAGCAGCGGCGGCGGCGGCGGCGGCGGCGGCGAAGGCGGCGGCGAGACUCCGCAGGGCGCGGGUCACGAGCGCCCCGAGCCGCUCCUCGCGUGUCCAGCGAGAGCGGACGAGAGGGGCCACGCCAGAGUUUGAGGUCGCGACACGAAUACGACGGCGUAGUCCGGGAGGCGGUGGGGGGGGCGGUCGGGGUGGGGGGGGGGGGGGUUCGUACACCGAGCUGAAGAAAGGGAAGUGCCGUAUGGACUGCGGAGAGCAGGGCGAUGUUGUGAUAUCGAGGAAUGGCCUCUCGGUUUGGUGACACGACCACGGAGG